AUGGAGCUGCUCGCCAUCCAGUCUCUCGCAGAUUGCGCUUCUUUUGAUAAGACUGUUCAUCCGAACUUGCCACAACUUUACGAGCUUCCACGUCAGAUCCUCCAAUCUCCGAAGAGUUUAACUGCACUCAAGGAAAUUUACCAGAACAGCAAUCCUUUUGUUACGGCACUCGCAUUUUCUCUAAUCCUCGCACCUAUCUUUCUAAUUGUGUCGGAGAUUAACAAGAACUACUCUCAGGUGGACAGGUUAUGGAGUAUCCUACCAUCUAUUUACAAUAUUCACUAUGUUGUUUAUGCUCGAAUAUCAGGGCUUGAGACAGAGCGCCUAGACCAUUUAUUAGCAUUUAGUAUUGCAUGGAGUCUACGCUUAACCUUUAAUUACUACAGAAAAGGAGGUUACAAUAGAGGCUCAGAAGAUUACCGAUGGGCAAUUAUUCGGAAGAGAUUAGGCCCAUCCCUCUUUUUCCUGCUCAAUAUCCUCUUUAUUUCGUUAGCCCAAAGUCUGCUUCUCUUACUGUUGACUACUCCUGCCUACAUAAUGCUUGUGUCAUCUCAGUUCAUGGGAAAAAUGUCUUUGGCCGACUAUAUGUUUACUCAUACAUUAGUAGGGCUUGUUAUCAUCGAGUUUCUUGCAGAUCAGCAACAGUGGGACUUUCAAGAAGCAAAGAAACUAUAUCUCAACAGUGCACAGAGACCGGACCAAUACAAGCCAGAAAAUCUCGAGCGUGGUUUUGUGGUCACAGGUUUGUGGUCCUGGAGCCGACACCCCAAUUUUGCGGCUGAGCAGGCAAUUUGGAUCAUCGUUUAUCUGUGGGGAUGUUGGACUACUAGAACUCUAUACAACUGGACAUUGAUAGGCGCAGCAUCAUACAUUGCUCUCUUUCAAGCCUCUACGUGGUUGACAGAACUUUCGUCUGCCCAAAAAUACCCAGAAUAUGCUUUAUACCGAAAAAAUGUUGGAAAAUUUGUACCACGGCUGAACCAAAUUGUGACUAAAAUUAGUGGUUCAAGACCUCCAAAUACGGGAAAGGAAUCCAAAAUUAUAUAA